CCAGCGCGUAGAGCUCGUAAGAGCUCACAAUGUAAUGCGUUAUGGCUCGAUCAUCGAUCAUUUUUCGUCAAGUUUUCUCAGCAAAGCUGGAUUCAUCGACAGCUUGGUAUGCUCUAACUACUGAGAACUGUAUUGGCUCUCCAAGAAAGGCAUCCUUAUCGAGUUUCUUUCGAGUAUUUCCCAAUGAAAUAUCGAAAAUUAAGCUCUGUGAUCUGGUCACUCGUGAUGGAAGCACGGUACAAUCUUGCUGGUUCUUCCAUGAGAAUGCCAACAAAGUCAGAGUCGACGAAGUUUACGUCGCUACUGCAUUUGGCAUUAUCGGAAAUCUUUUUAAUCGAAGGCAGAUAACCGAAGUAAAUACGAUCCUCCAUCCAAAAAUCCAGGCAGCGAUACGAUCUAUCGAUCUUGAGGACUCGAUUCUCCCGCCAGAAGUUGUCCCGCCAAAAGUUAUCCCGCCAAACGUUAUCCCGCCAAAAGUUAUCCCUCCAAGUUCAAAAUAUACCUCGUCUAGCCUGUCAUAUGCAGAACAGCACAGUCUUCCCUUUUUCAAUGAAUCUUUCGAAGAGGUAGAAAACUCAGAGGUGACAGGACGUGUGAAACGAAGGAAAACUCGAGCAAAGUCAAACUUCAUUAUGAAGAAGGUUUCUGAUCUCUGCUCGAGUCAGAAGGAAUCCCUGGCGUCAGUGCUGGCUAGAUGCUGCACUGACGAUCCCCAGUCAAGGCCGUCCUUUGCAAGAGAAACCAUUUGCCAGGUAAUGGACGAGGUUGCUGAGAAAAAGGGAGUAAAAAGAGCAUUCGAAGAGCUCAUCUCGGACGACCUCUGGGACCAGCGAGUUGCCGAGAUGAGAAUGCCAGAUUGGCAGUUAUUGUUUUUAAAAGUCCAGGCGAAAAUUUCAGAUGCAAACUGGCAAUCUAUAAUCAAUUUUACGAAAUUGGGAAGGAAAGGAAGCUCCAAUAUAUGCAUUCUUCCGAUCAAGAAUCAUAUGAAGGCCUUACGUUCUUCGAUAUUUGGUGUCGCUAAACAGAUAAUGUUAAUUCGAGAAGUACCAGAUUCUCUUCCUGGGUAUCAAGUCAGCCUUGAACAGGCUAUUGUGUGGAGUGCUAGGGAGCAGAGACUCCAUGGUACCCAAAGUGAAGUUCUGGAAUUCCACCUGAAAUUAGAUGGACGUCCACUUUUUGGUAAAGAUCAAGUAAGUGUUGGCAUUGUACCUGGCAACCAUCCUUACCUUUCUUCUCAAAGUGCCCUGACAGUCCGCCCAUUAGCCAUAGCCAAUAUUGAAGAAAGCAGGAAAGAAAUUAAAGUCCUGGUAAGAGACAUUAACAGGCAAAAAGAUGUGAUCAAGAGAAAUGGCAUUGUUGUUGAUGGGAAACUUUUGCAAGUUAAAUUUAAAGGUAAAUUUUUUGUUAAUYAUUAUUAUUCGUGCUUUUGAUAUAAAUUUAUUUCG